AUGAGCAUCGAACCAACAUUUCAUGGUUAUAUCGAAACGACACAAGACACACUUCUCAUAUUUGAAGCAUGUCGAAAAGGUUGCCUUACAAAGAUUUGUCGACGCCUUCAAGAGAAAGAGCGUAAGAUCAUAUCUUCAGGAAGUGUAUUCGUAUUUGACGAACGCGAAUCUGGAAUAAAACGUUGGACAGAUGGUUUAGUGUGGAGUCCAUCAAGAAUUCUUGGUAAUUUUUUAAUUUAUCGAGAAUUAGAUAAACGUCCACCUACUGGAAAAAAAGAUUCUCCUCCAGUGGAACGUCAGAGAAGUGACAGUGUAGAUAUGGAAUCACAAUCAGAAAAAAAUAAGGAACGCGCAUUAGUUGGUAGCUUAACAAACACUUAUCGUUUCAAAAAAGGUGGUUUAAUUAAAAAAACUAUGUCAAUCAUGGUCAACGGUGUUAGUCAACAUAUGAUUAGUUAUUAUACAAAAGAAGAUGUAUUGGCUUGUAAACUUAAAACUCCAUCUUCAAUGCCAAAUUUAGCCAUUCUAGAGAUUUCACCUGAAUUUUUGUUAAAGCAAAAUUUUAGAAUACCACCAGUAGUUGAGUCAAAUUAUGAACAAGAAUUGGAUGGUAUGACAUAUGGAAAACAAUCUUCUGCUUCACCACAUGCUAUCCUCCCAAAACCAGGUGAUGGUACUGUGAGUCCCGCACGACUAUCUAAUAUGGAUUUUUCUCCUUCUCGUAUAAAGAUGGAAAUGGAAGCUUCCAAUUCUUGUAUCCCUUCGCCCUAUUCAAAUUAUCCAUCUACGAUGCAUCCAACAUCCAAUUUUUCUCCAUAUGCUUCACAAAGUCAUGAGUCUGAUGGGUCACAUACCUUUUCCAUGCCUCCAAUGCGAGCAUUAAUGAAUCGUCAAUCAUCUUUUCAUGAAUUUCCUCCAAUUACUUCUCAUGUUAAUAAUAUUACGUCGUCAAGGUUGUUAACUUCGCACCAACAACCGUUAAUUCCUAGUAUUAGUUCACACCAAAGCGAUUAUAAUUAUCAUACAACGCCAAAUAAUACAAGCAAUCAAAAUUGGUCAGGUUAUCAAUAUCCGUCAUAUUCAUCAAAUGCGCCUCACGCUCUUCAUCCAUCUAUGAAUCAUCAAGCUCAAUCGAACAAUCCUCAUGCAGAAACUGGUAGCGAAGUGUUUUAUACUAAUAAUACCACUACUGGUAAUAAUUCAACCAGCAGUACUAUCGUAUAUCCAUAUCAUGAUUUAUCAUCUACGUCAUUCUCCGAGAUAUACAAUCCUGUCCAUUCAUCUACUACAAAUUCUAUAUCACAUUCUCAAUUACAUCAACAUGAAUAUCAAGUGAAUUCUCCAUCUCCAACACUUCCUUCUAUUUCUUCUCCUGCAAGUACUACCAGUACCUAUAGUUCAAGUAAUGCACCUGUAACACCGCCGCUUAAUUCGCCCGUAAACUCUGGUUUCAACUCUAAUUAUUCUUCACCAUAUUAUUCAUCUCUGAUAAAGAAUGAAGGAUAUCAACCUGUUCAUAUGUCACCUACUAAUUUUAUGUAUGAUACUCCAUAUUGA